CCUGCAUUAGACACAGCACGUAGCUGAUAAUAAAAUUUAAUCUUGAAAUUCUUCAGUUCAAGGAAUCCAGCUCAUCUCAGCCAUGAAACUGUUGGUUUUGAUGUUGUGCCUGACAGCACUGUGUUCCUCUGUCCCUGUCUCUGAGGAGAAGACACGAGUCAAACGCUCAGAUGAUAGUGACGAGAUGAACCAGAUGAACUACAUGCAGCCCCAGUACCAGCCGUAUCCCGUCCCUAUUCCAGUGCCAUAUCCACGGCCUUUUGCUUUCCCUUUUGUCAUCCCACCCAUCAUCCCUCCACCCAUCAUCCCUCCACCUGUCAUCCCUCCACCCGUCAUCCCUCCACCUGUCAUCCCUCCAGUCGGAAAAUGACUUGGGAAAACCUGGCUUUAGAGCACACUACCUGUAAACACUUUCCAUCUGAAAUGCU